AUGACAAACCCUUGGAAAUUACCGAGCACCGUUUCCGCCCUGAGUCCGCCGUCGUUCACCGCCGGUGAAUCUCCGCCCGCUCCACCGUUCCCUCCAGAUCCUCCUGACCCUUCCUCCCCCCUAUCCCCUCAUCUUUUCCCUCCUCUUCCUUCAAACUCAAAAACUUCCUCUACCUUAUCUUCUUUCUCACUGAAACACCCAAAAUCAAACCUUGGGUUGUCUCCUCCAACUGAGGUAACAAACCUUUCAAUCAAUCCUUCCUUAGUAACUGUCUCUGCGAUGGAAACUGGUGAAGUGAUUACUGGUUCUAAUGAACCUUUUGAAAAAACCCUUGAAACCAAUUCUCAGAUCCCUACAGUAACUCCUCAAACCUCUGCUCCUUUCACAAAAUCUCCUGAAAUCUUUGUAACCAUCGACCCUAAAUCUUCCUCCCCCAUCAUCACCAACCGUGCCUCAGCCCCUCCACUCCCUCACCCAAAACUCAACCCACUUCCUGUCAUAAGCCCAACUACCCAAACCUCGCCUAUACCUUUGCAUUUCUCGACAAUGCCUCUCCCAUUUUCUAAAAACCCCUCAACCCACCACCAAUAUUCGCCUCCUCAACUCAAUCCCCUACCCAUUCCUCAGCCUCAAACCCUUGUGGAAAAAAUUCGAGCUUCUGAAGACAAGUCUUUAACUAGGCUUGCUCCAGUCUCCUUUGCUCCCUCCGGCAGGCCCCGAAUAAAAAUUCCAGAUACUGUUUUUCAAAAAGGAGCUGAGCUCCACAAAGACUUUAUCAUUUGCUACUUUAAUGGCAGAGCUCCUCCAUUUUCGCAAAUUCAGAGUGUCCUGAGCCAUAUGUGGGGCAAAGGUAGACAAUUGGAAAUCCACAAUAACCCCAUCAACCAUUCCACACUUGUUCGAAUCCCUAGUGAGUACCUAAGGCAAAAAAUCUUGGAAAAGAGCAUUUGGUACGUAGGAGAUUCUAUGUUCCAUACUGCGCAGUGGUCGUCUGAGCACACAAAAGCGACCCCGCCUCUCAAAGCAAUCAAAAUUUGGGCGCACCUUACUGGUGUCCCUCUAGAUUUGAGAUACAAUGAAGGUCUCAGUUUAGUGGCAGGGCUUGUUGGUGACCCAAAGGAGACUGACGACUUUACAAAAAACCUUGUAAGUCUCUCAGUAUCGCAUGUUAAGGUCGAGGUUGAUCUCACUCAGCCGCUUCCUCCUGUUGUUGAAUUCGAAAGAGAUUGUGGUGAGGUUGUGGAAGUACAAGUCCACUACCCCUGGAUCCCUCCAAAGUGCUCUCACUGUCAGGAGCUUGGGCACAUUGCCCGCAACUGUCUUCUCCUCCCUCCACCACACAAAGAACCUGCGGCUCCAAAGUCUGCUGCUCCAAAGGCCGCUAAGAACAAGCAGCCUUCUCAGUCGGCGGUGUAUAGGAAAAAGUCACACCUAACUGGAUCAUCUACUGAUCAGACCCCUAAGCUGUCAAAUGUCCCUUUUUCCUCAGACUUGUCUCCUGCUCCUCACCCUGUUGCAAUGGCUGUUGACAUUGCUUCAAAACCCUCCGUUCCUUCUCCCUCUUUCCCUUCGCCUUUAGCCCCUUUCAAUAAUUUUUCCUCCCCUGAACCCACCCCAAGACCUUCUCUUAAGCGCUCUCGAUCCUCUCCUACUUUAUCCCCUCCUCUCUCCUCAAAUCCAAACCCCUUCCUCCUCACAAAUCUCUCCCCUGUAACCUCACUCUUUAUACCACCUCAAACCUCUGGCCUCCCUUUUUUAAAAGCCCCUGUUCCUCCUCUUUUAUUGGCCUCUAACCCUGUUUCUUCUUCUGACCUUUCUUUUUCUUUUGUUGCUCGGGAUUCUUCUCCUUAUGGGGAGUCUCUUCCUCCCUCCCAAUGA